UUAAUAUCGAACAUGCGUACUUUACUGUAUUUGUUGUUAAUAUCCUCUUUACUAUCUUUCUUCGUAAGCUCACGGAAAAGGGGCAUAUUUUCCGAAUUAGAUAUAAAACUGUUCACUGGCUUCUCGUGUGGCAAGAAAGAACACUCUUUUGUAACCAUAGAACACUGGACCGUUGUGGAAAAUAAGUUUACUGUAAAUGCUACCAUCACUGUUCUAGAAGAUAUACAUUCGCCUCUGACCGCAAAAUGUGAAGUGUAUAAAUGCUUUUCAAGAGAAAGCCCGGACAACUGCGAAAUAUUCCGUAUCGUGGAAAAGAAAGAUUUCUGCAAAUUUGUUCAACUAUCUCCUUCACACAAAUAUUUGUUUGAUAGAUUUGAGCCGAAAGUCCCUUGUCCCAUUUUGAAGGGUUAUUGGUAUGGAAAUAACUAUUUUAUGGGCUACUUUGCCCCAGUUAUAAAUAAAGGGACCAAAAGAAAGUGUGAGAGCUUGAAAAUCAGAACACAAAAUAGCAAAAGCAAGAAAAAAGAUGUUGAAGAGAAGAUUGUGGAACCAGAACCUCCGUACACCGUUCGAGGGCAUCAACUAAUCGACAUGGAGUACAUGGCACAAAGCAUGCACUUGUCUAUUUACAAAGAACUUUCACAACGACUGAAUGUGCUUUACGAGAAAAAUUGGACCAGGCUGGUAACAGAACAACUAAAGAGGUUCGAAAGGGCCGUAGUGGAGUCGGGAAAAAUGGAUGGGUCUUCCUCCUCCAUUGGGCCUCAUUGGAGCUUCGGGGAGGCGUUGUUAUAUUCUGUCACUCUACUCACCACAGUGGGUUAUGGCAAGCUAUCCCCAAAAACAGCCUUGGGAAAGGUGGUAGCAAUGAUCUACGCAAUAGUGGGGGUUCCCCUAAUGCUAAUCCUCCUGUCCGCCCUUGGCAGCGUGUUGGCCUCAGGGGCAAGAAAAGGCUAUUCGAAGCUAUGCUGCAAACACGAGCACAAAUCGAAGAUCAAAAGUCCUUCCGUGGGAUACCACAAGGCCCCUGCCAGUCCUUCGGGAAAGCACUUCUGCAAAACACACGAAGACACAGCUUCGAUCCAGAUCGCCUCGAGCCACAGCACCCCCAACCACACCGCCGGUUGCAAGCCCAACCACCAGUACAUCGAACACCAAGAAGUGCCAAAGCGGGCCAUCUUAGCCACCGUACGGUCAAGCCACAUGAGGGGCCGCUGCAGACAAGGCCCCGUUAGGCAAAUGCUAGCCGACCCCCCCAUGGCCGUGUGCCCCACGCAUUCGCACGGCACCCCCGUCAAGAACACUCUCAACAGUUCCAUCGUCGGGAUAUCGACUUCUGAUCUGGACGACACUGACGACACAGAUGAAAACGAACACAUCUGCACCCACGACACGCCGUCCAGGAUCCCCCUGAUCUGGCGUCCUCCUGAGGGUCGUCAUUCCCCCACGCCGCCCCCCUCACAAACACCGUCAGUGCCUGCCAUCCUAGUGCUAGUCAUCUUCGUAUCGUAUGUGUGCACCGGCGCCGCCGCCUUCUCCUCGGCCAGCGGCUGGAGCUUCCUGGACGCCAUCUACUUCUGCUUCACGGCCCUCUCCACCAUAGGGGUGGGCGACCGGCUGCUCCAGAGCUCCGAGCUGCAGGCGCAGAUGCAGCUGUUCGCGUGCUGCCUGUACCUCUUCCUCGGGCUGGUGGUGGUGGCCAUGUGCUUCAGUCUGGUGCACGAGGAACUCACCGUUAAGUGCAAGCAGGUGGCGAACAAUAUGGGACUGCUGCGGCGUUAG